AUGGCCGCGGCCGCUCGGUGCCAGGGCACACGGCUCCUCCUCCUGCUACUGCUCCUCCUCCUCCUCCGCGCCCCUCACCCCGGCGCCGCUCGGCCUCGAAACGCCAGGAAGCCGGACAAACUGACACUCGCAGAGCCGAUUGAGACAGCACCCGACCGAGCUCCCUCGAACAAUAACAGCCGCCGCGGCGCCUCCGCCCCGCCUCCGCGUCGACCCGGAAGUGCUGCGGCCGCCGGCGCCGCCGGAGGAAAGAGGAGGAGCCCCGCACGCCGGCCGCGCCCCGCCGGCCGGAGCCCCGCCCAGCCAGAGCCCCGCCCCGCCCCGCCGGAGCCCCGCCCAGCGCCGAGCCGGCCGCGCCCGUCUUCCCGGUCCGCCCCGAGCCGGGAAAGGCCGGGCGCCGGUCGUUCAGGCACCGUAACUGAAGGCAGACCCUGUUCUAAAGGAGCACAGUUUUGGAAGAAGAGGAAGUGUCCGGCCUGAGCCGACGCUGGCAAAGAAGCCAGAAUUCCCAAGCUUUCCCAGGCGAGUGUGGAGAAACACCAGGACGCCUUUUUCUCCCCGCACCCCCCGCCCCGUCCCAUCUGCAGCCAAGUGUGCCUCGGUCAAAGGCAAACUCUGAAUCAAGCUUUGUGCUGGUCUCUGGAAGGAUACCCGGGAUCGUGUCACGGAGAAAAGUGACAGCGGCGGUGGUGGCAGUGACAUCUGUGGGGCUAGCCCCGUCCCUAUCUGCCGCGGGAUGCGUGUGGGCAUGCUUUGUGAGAAGAAUCCACCCCGGGUAGAAUGGGGCUUUUGACAUCAGCUGAGGCCUGGGCUGCCUCACAAUGAGGCCUGUUGGUCAAAGGGAGACUGUUUAAUGAAGUGCCCGCCAGAGGCCAGCUCUGGCCAUCUGUACUGGGGACCUUCGGAACGAGCCUUCCCUGUAACCGGCUACAUGUGCGAAAGCACGUUGCCUUUCACAGAAGGCAGCUGCAACAAUAAAUUCAUAUUCCCAAACGGUGGCCUUUUGACUGCUUUUUGUGUGUGCGUGAUGAAAAGCUUCAUACCAGCUUGAUACUAAGGCUUCAUAAGCAAGGAAGCCGGAAAAAGGAGCCUUUUUUGGCCCUGAGGUCAACAAUGAUAACGGCUUUCUCCUUACACGAGGUAGCAACGCCCUGCCAAGGAUGCAAAAACACCUCGUGAAAAUGAAAUUCGUGAAAGCCCUUAAUGAUCAAGUGAGGGAGGCAGGUGAUGGCAACCGCCACCCCACAGCUGGCGAAAUGCCGAGGUUCGGGGAGAAGGAUGACUCAUGACCAAGGUCAAAGAGCAGCUGGGCGGUGGGGCUCGCGUCGCAUCAUGUCCUCCAGCCUCUGGCACUGAGGAAAUCACGUAAAACUUUGCGAUGACUUUUCCUGGCAGGCUCGUUCUUCCCAGCCGGAGCGCAGGUGGCAAUGUUGCGAUUCCUGGCGUAACCUUCAAUGCUUCACUGAUAAUCUCUGUCGUCGCCAGGCACCAGCAGACUGUCACAGCGCAACUCCCAGGCUUCAGCGAUGCCCGCCGAGGUCUUCACUGCAGCCUCUCAUUUAUUAGCUGUGUUGGAAAGAACUCUCUAUACCUAGCUGGGUACCUCUGGAUUUUAACAGCUGUGGUUUAUAAGAGAUUUGGGGGGGGGGUUGUUUUCAAAGUGCCUUUCAGAAAGUAUCACCUUAGACGGGAGUUUCCGUUCUGUUCCGGUAGGAUGACUUGCUCUUGUGCUCAGAAAACCAAGCCUACAAGAAAAAUCAGAUAUUUUCUUACAAGACUUCUUAGCAGGCGGGCCUCUAUAUGACUUUCCCUUCUCCUCCCCUUUAUUGGCCAUAACCUUAACGGAAGGCUUUUGAUGUCAAAUGCUGAGUAUCUUGGAAGAGGUCUUGCGUAGACAAGACUGCUUGGCCAGGGGCUGGGGAGUCACAGUUGGACUGGACUUGAAGGCCCCUUCUAAUCUGAGAUGUUGUGACUCCGGAACUAAUUAGCCUCAACUUCUACAAUGAAAUGACACUAACUGCCAUUUAUUGAGCACUUUCUGUGUCAGCUCUGUGCUGAGAUCUUAACAUCAUUCUCUGAAUUCUGACAAAACCCCGCCAAUAUCAUCCACCUUUUAUGAGCGAAGAAACAGGGGUUUAGAGAAGUUAAAAGCUUGUCUGGUGGCACAGAUGUAAGGUUUGGUGAGCGACUGUCCCCUGGAAAUCGAUUCCAGGUGAGUCUACAUCCAUACUCGAAACCCACAACUCAACCGGAAUGAAAGGGAGACACCAGGGAUUGCCCUGUUCACGGAUCAGUUCACGAUCUCUCGGGGCGGCUAGUGUGGAUUCGUUAGUCAGAUUCAGUGUUGCAGUUAGGGAGCAAGACCUUAAACAAGACCUAGCGGUGUCCCAGCCCACGAAGUCUCUUCUGGAGGACAGCAGGGGGAUUCCUGUCUUCCUGCCAAUCAGGGAUUUUGGCUAUAAACAGUUUGUGACAUCAAAUGUCACUUUUCUUCCACACUUGGCCCUAGAGUUUCAUUUAAAUAAUCAAAACAUUCUUGUCAUCAAGGAGAGGCUAAUCCCAGCAAAGCAGCCUAAAGCCAUGUGAAGUGUGCACCUGCCAUCUAGCACUCAUAGUGAAAAAUACAGCAUUUUAGAAGAAUUCAGCUUUUCCAGUUUGUUUUUUAACUUUGGAAUUAAAAUGAACUCAAAAGUUAAAAAAAGGAAAAAGAGAAAGACCCCCUAACAUGUCAAGGUAUUGAGAUAUAAAAUAUGCACCGAGUAUUGCAAGAAAAUAUACUUCAUCUCAUUAUUAUUAUUAUUAUUAUUAUUAUUAUUAUUAUUUUGGAGAGCUUCUAUGCUUGAGGAACAAGACUGCUCCAUGUGCCACCUCCGAUCCAAGCCCCAACUUCUGCCAGGACUGAAGCUCCUUUGUUCAGAACCUCACCCCAUGUGUCUUUUCAUCUGGCUGCUGAUUCAGAUCCUUGAAUAAACUGGUAAGCAUAAGGAUAUGUGUAUGUAUUUCAUUUCAUCCCUCAAGGUCCAUUAAAUGCAGAUUCCAUCCAGGAAGCUAAUAUUUUCUCAUAUUUUAUGAGCAUUUUUUCGACACUCAUGUUUUCAAAAACGCACUGGGGCUCAGCUGGAAACUGCACAAUGACACGGAGCACGGUGGGCGCUCAGCCUGCCUCCUGCUGGCCGAGGUGAGGUUGGUGUGAACAGGCCAAGGUGCGUGGCCAAUGCCUCCUACGUGACACACCUCUGUAGAAGAGUAAGGACGAAACACUUAACAAGUUGAGCCCUUCGGCCUCUGCGAGACUAUCACCGUGGCUCUGCAAACCUUGCAAAAUAAAGAAAUCUGGGGCUCCUGGCGGGCUCAGUCGGUUGAGCCUUUAACUCUUGGUUUUGGCUCACGUCCUGAUCUCCCGGUUCAUGAGCUCAAGCCCCCGGGGGGCUCCCUGCUGGCUCCCUCCCCAUGGGGAGCCUGCUUGGGAUUCUCUCUCCCUCUCCCCUGCUCUUUCCGCCCUCCCCCUGCUUGCGUACU